AUGAAGAUAGACACAGUGCCCGUGCUUCUGACCUUGGCUCUUUGCCUUAUACAAGAUGCUGCCAGUGAGGAUAAAGAUCAGGAAACAUGCAGUGAAUUUAGGGCGUUGAUGAAAAAUGGAAAAUUAUUCUGUUCCCAAGAUAAAGAACUCUUUCAAAGCCCUGAUGGAAUAAUGUUCAUCAACCAAUGUGAGACAUGCAAAAUGAUAUUGGAGAAAGAAGCCAAAUCCCAGAAAAGAGCCAGACGUUUAGCAAGAGCCACAGGGGCCACUGACGCAGCAAAGGACUUUUGCAAGGAAUAUGAAGCACAAGUGAGGAACGGAAGACUUUUCUGUACACGGGAGAGUGACCUAGUCCGUGGCCCUGAUGGCAAAAUGCAUGGCAACAAAUGUGCCCUGUGUGCUGAAUUUUUAGGCACUAAGUUCUAUAAAACUUCUGACAACAGUGUUGAUGUAUGCAGUGCUUUUCGGCCCUAUGUCAAUAAUGGAAGACUUGCAUGCACACGGGAAAAUGAUCCUGUUCUUGGUCCUGAUGGGAAGACACAUGGCAAUAAGUGUGCGAUGUGUGCUGAGUUGUUUUUAAAAGAAAUUGAAGAAAAUGCCAAACAAGAGGGUGCAAACAGAAUUCGACGAAAUGCUGAAAGGGAGCUUUGCAGUGUAUAUCGAAAGUUUUUGAGGAAUGGAAAACUCCCUUGUACCAGAGAGAAUGACCCCAUCCAGGGCCCAGAUGGGAAAAUGCACGGCAACACCUGCUCCAUGUGCGAGGCCUUCUUCCAAGCAGAAGAAGAAGAAAAGAAAAAGAAGGAAGGUCAAUCCAGAAAUAAAAGACAAUCUGAGAAAAAAACUUCUUUUGAGGAAUUGUGUAGUGAAUACCGCAAAGCCAGGAAGAAGGGACCACUUCUUUGCACCAGAGAGAAUGACCCCAUCCAGGGCCCAAAUGGGAAAAUGCACGGCAACACCUGCUCCAUGUGUGAGGCUUUAUUGAAAUAUUCAGGAAGGGAAACCUGCAGUGAAUUCCGGGACCAAGUGAGAAAUGGGAUGCUUGUCUGCACCAAGGAGAGUGAUCCUGUCCUUGGCCCAGAUGGUAAAAUGCAUGGAAACAAGUGUGCCAUGUGUGCAAGCGUGUUUGAAUAUGAAGAUCAGGCAAAGAACGGAAGGCUAUUCUGUACCAGAGAACAUGACCCUGUUCGUGGUCUAGAUGGAAAAAUGCAUGGCAACUUGUGUUCCAUGUGUCAAGCCUACUUCCAAGCAGAAGCUGAAGAAAAGAAAAAGGCUGAAGCACAGGCAAGAAAUAAAAGAGAAUCUGGAAAAGAGCUAUGCAGUGAAUUCCGUCACUAUGUGAGGGAUGGACGACUCCCCUGCACCAGAGAAAAUGACCCUAUCGAAGGUCUAGAUGGGAAAAUCCAUGGCAACACCUGUUCCAUGUGUGAGGCCUUCUUCCAGAAAGAAGAUGAAGAGAGAAAGAAGAAAGAAGAGGAAGAUCACAAAAAUGCUGCAGGACAUGGUUCCGGUGGCGGUGGAGGAGGGCAUGCUCAGGACCAAUGUGCUGAGUAUCGAGAGCAAAUGAAAAAUGGAAAACUCACCUGUACUCGGGAGAGUGAUCCUGUACGGGAUGCUGACGGCAAAUCGUACAACAAUAAAUGUACCAUGUGUAAAGAAAUCUUGCGAAGAGAAUCAGAGAAACAAAAUGAGCAUUCUGGCUUCAGAUCAAAUGGCACUGGAUCAGCAACAGGAAAGGAUAUAUGUGAUGAGUAUAGAAGCCACAUGAAAAAUGGAAAGCUUAUCUGUACUCGAGAAAGUGACCCUGUCCGGGGUCCAGAUGGCAAGAUGCAUGGCAAUAAGUGUGCUAUGUGUAAGGAGAGACUGGAAAGGGAAGCAGCUGAAAAAAAAAAGAAAGAGGAUGAAGCGGGGGCAAAUACAAGGGACAAGAACAAUGACAAGCAGGUAAUUCAAAUAGAAGCUUUGGAAAGGGCAAAACUUCAAGAAAAGCCAUCCCACUUUAGAGCUUCUGAAAAGGAGGACGACCCAGAUUCCUCCAAUUCUUCUUUGGAUUUCAUUUUUAGAGCCUUGAAAAGUGAGCGAGAAGCUAAUGAAAGAAAAAAGAAUGAUGAAGAAAAAUCAAAAGCCAAGCCCUCAAAUGAUGCAAAGGAUGAGUGCAGUAAUUUUCGGAAGUAUGUGAGGAACAAUGAACUCAUCUGUACUCGAGAGAAUGACCCAGUGCGUGGUGCUGAUGGAAAGUUCUAUAGAAACCAGUGCCACAAGUGCAGAGCUGUCUUGAUACGCCAGACUAAUACACGCAUCCGUAGUAAAGGGAGGUGUAAGGAGAGCGGCAGCCCGGGUGCCACAUCUGCCAGCAUGCCCACACCUGUAAGUACACCGGCCUCCGUGAUUAUGAUGCUGGGAGCAGUUGACUACCGGGUAUUGCCCAGGAUGGGUUACCUUUGCCCCAAGGAUUUACAGCCUGUCUGUGGUGAUGAUGGCCAGACAUACAACAAUCCCUGCAUGCUCUGUCAUGAAAACCUGUAA